AAACUCUUCAGAACUAAAGAGAGAGAGAGAGAUAGUGAGAGAUUUAGAUCAACAGAUUUGAAUCGAUAUCUGCAAAAAUGCAGUACAAGAAUCUGGGGAAAUCGGGUUUGAAGGUAAGCACGCUCUCAUUCGGAGCAUGGGUUACGUUUGGGAACCAGCUCGAUGUGAAGGAAGCGAAAUCGAUUCUUCAGUGUUGUCGUGAUCAUGGAGUCAAUUUCUUCGAUAACGCAGAGGUUUAUGCUAAUGGUCGCGCUGAGGAGAUUAUGGGUCAAGCGAUUCGUGAACUGGGUUGGCGUCGAUCUGAUAUCGUCAUCUCUACCAAGAUCUUCUGGGGUGGUCCUGGUCCUAACGAUAAAGGUUUAUCGAGGAAACAUAUUGUCGAAGGCACUAAAGCUUCUCUUAAACGACUUGAUAUGGAUUACGUUGAUGUGCUCUAUUGCCACAGGCCGGAUGCUUCAACUCCUAUUGAAGAGACGGUUAGGGCGAUGAACUACGUGAUUGAUAAGGGUUGGGCAUUCUAUUGGGGUACCAGUGAAUGGUCAGCUCAACAAAUUACCGAGGCAUGGGGAGCUGCUGACCGGUUGGAUUUGGUCGGUCCAAUCGUCGAACAGCCAGAAUACAACAUGUUUGCUAGGCACAAAGUUGAGACAGAGUUUCUUCCGCUGUACACCAACCAUGGUAUAGGUCUCACUACUUGGAGCCCACUUGCAUCGGGUGUGCUCACUGGUAAAUACAACAAGGGAGCUAUUCCCUCAGACAGCCGAUUUGCAUUGGAGAACUACAAAAACCUUGCCAAUAGAUCACUUGUGGAUGACGUGCUGAGGAAAGUUAGCGGUCUCAAACCCAUUGCAGAUGAGCUAGGUGUAACCUUGGCUCAGCUUGCCAUCGCAUGGUGUGCUUCAAAUCCUAAUGUGUCAUCCGUUAUCACUGGUGCCACAAGGGAGUCACAGAUUCAAGAAAAUAUGAAAGCUGUUGAUGUGAUCCCAUUGUUGACACCUAUUGUUCUGGACAAGAUUGAGCAAGUGAUACAGAGCAAACCGAAACGUCCUGAAUCGUAUCGCUCCAAUCAACAUUUAGGUAGGGAUAGGUUCAAUGGGGAAGUCGGUUACGGUAAUAACACGCGUGAUGAUAAUAAUAUCUGUUCUCAGACAGGAGAGGAAUUUUCAAAUGAGUUUUUGAGGGAUUUUGGUGCUCAACGAAGAGUACAGGGUGGUGUUAGUAGAUAUGUUGAGGGUAAUCAUAACAAUCGUCAUCUUGUUUAUGAGGAUUUCAACAGAAUUCUUGGGCUUCAAAGAGUUGAUUCCAACAUGUCAGAAGGUAUUAAUUCCUCGAGUGGAUACUUUGCUGAAUCAAAUGUUGCAGACUCACCUCGGAAGAUGUUUCAAACUGCAACGUCAGAUGUUUAUUUGCCAGAAGUAUUGAAGCUUCUUUGUAGUUUCGGAGGAAGGAUCUUACAGCGACCUGGUGAUGGGAAGCUUAGAUACAUUGGAGGGGAGACUCGGAUUAUCUCAAUACGGAAACAUGUUGGAUUAAACGAAUUGAUGCACAAGACUUAUGCUUUGUGCAACCAUCCGCAUACAAUCAAGUAUCAAUUACCAGGAGAAGAUCUUGAUGCACUAAUAUCGGUUUGCUCAGAUGAGGAUCUUCUUCAUAUGAUUGAAGAGUAUCAAGAAGCUGAAACAAAGGCUGGAUCCCAGAGGAUUAGGGUCUUUCUUGUAUCUUCAACAGAAUCAUCAGAGAGUCCUAAGAUUUUCAAUGAAAGGAAUAUGAACAUAAACCGAAACACGAACCAGCAGACAGAUAUAGAUCACUAUCAGUAUGUUUCAGCUCUUAAUGGUGUUGUGGAUGUGAGUCCUCAAAAGAGUUCCAGCGGGCAAAGUGGGACAAGUCAGACAACACAAUUUGGGAAUGCUUCAGAAUUUAGCCCUACAUUUCAUCUUCGAGACUCGCCUACUUCUGUUCAUACAUGGGAACACAAAGACUGCAACAGUCCAACCUUCAUGAAACCAUAUGCGAACACGAAUGCUGUUCAUUUUAUGCCGAAAAUGCAGAUUCCGAGGAACUCGUUUGGUCAACAAUCUCCUCCAGCAUCUCCUUUUUCAGCUCACAAGAGAGCAAAUACCGACGUUCCUUAUUUUGCCGAUCAAAAUGGUUUCUUUGACCCUUACUUGGCUGCUCCAAACUUCCCUCAGCAACAUAGGUUAUUUUUUGAGACUACUACACAAAAGCAGAAGCAUCCAGAAGUGAAUCUUCAUGAUCGGAGGCCAAGCGACGAUAUUUACCCCCAUGGCCAAGCUUAUAUCGGAGCCGAGAAAUUGACGCUUAAGAAAAACGCUCUUUCUGAUCCGCAGCUGCAUGAUGAGAGCCAAAUCAACAAUGGGUUAGAAGCAUUUACCAAACAACCAUGGAAAAUAUUGAGAAAGAAUCUACAUGUUGUGGCUACGUCAAAGUGGGAAGAUAGUGAUGAUAUCUAUUUCAAUAAUCCAGAAGGCAAGAGAAGCAAGGAGCUUGAACUCACGAAAGAAGUUCCUAAUAAUUGGAUCGAUGGUGAUCAUAAUCCUGGUUCUUUUGACCAGGCAACAAAGAAACAAGAUGGUAGUAACAGUAAUAGCUCCUUCAGUCCGAAUUAUUUCAGUCCGAAUCAUCAACCAGCUGCUCAGGUUACUUCAAGUGAUUCACAAGAUUCAGGAAGCUCAGUGUUCUCUUUAUCAGUUAACACCACCAACGAAAAUUAUCUUGAUUGUUCGAAGGACAAAUUUAAUGGUUUCCAGCAUGACAUGUCACUAGAUAUUCUCAUUAGAAGCCACACUUCAGUUACAGAUCAACUAUGUAGUACAACCAAGUCAAGUGAUAAAGCAGAUUACUCCUCACCCAAUACAAAUUUCCCCGUGGAAUUUUUGAGACAGGAGCCUAUGAUUCCGAGACAUGAUUUGGAGACAAAUAGCGAUGAUUCAGAUACUCAAAAAUCUCUUCCUAGAGAAGAGAGUAUUCACUAUAGUGGAUUGCCACUUAGGAAGGUGGGAAGUAGAGAAACUACUUUUAUGCACACGCAGGAAUCAGAUGAUUUCUUCAAAAGCAAGCUGCUUGGUCCACAGUUGAUAGUUGAGGAUGUGACGAACGAAGUAAUUUCAGAUAAUCUCUUAUCAGCUACUAUUGUCCCUCAUGUACAUAGUGAGUCAGAUGAUGAUCACAAAUCCUACACAAGGGAGAAAGAGAUUAAAAAUGAGGAUCAUGAAUCAGAAAUGGAGGAAAAGUACAAGAAAAGCAGAAACACCGAUGAUUCAUUCAGCGAAGCUGCAAUGGUUGAAAUUGAAGCUGGAAUAUAUGGCUUACAGAUAAUUAAAAACACUGAUCUUGAAGACUUACACGAGCUUGGAUCUGGUACAUUUGGAACUGUUUACUAUGGGAAGUGGAGAGGAACUGAUGUUGCUAUCAAGCGGAUUAAGAAUAGUUGUUUCUCCGGUGGAUCAUCCGAGCAAGCACGGCAGACUAAAGAUUUCUGGAGAGAAGCUCGGAUAUUGGCGAAUCUUCACCAUCCUAACGUAGUGGCCUUUUAUGGAGUUGUACCAGAUGGACCUGGUGGAACAAUGGCAACAGUGACUGAGUAUAUGGUGAACGGAUCUUUGAGACAUGUCUUGCAGAGAAAAGACAGAUUACUUGAUAGGCGCAAAAAACUGAUGAUAACUCUUGAUUCUGCAUUUGGCAUGGAGUAUCUACAUAUGAAAAAUAUUGUUCAUUUUGAUCUUAAAUGCGAUAACUUGCUUGUAAACUUGAGGGAUCCACAACGACCCAUUUGCAAGGUUGGAGAUUUCGGAUUGUCGAGAAUAAAACGAAACACGCUUGUCUCUGGUGGAGUAAGAGGAACCCUUCCAUGGAUGGCACCAGAGCUGCUAAACGGAAGCAGCAAUCGGGUCUCAGAGAAAGUCGAUGUUUUCUCAUUUGGUAUUGUGAUGUGGGAGAUCUUGACAGGAGAAGAACCCUAUGCGAAUCUGCAUUGCGGUGCCAUCAUUGGUGGAAUUGUGAACAAUACGUUAAGACCUCCGGUGCCUGAAAGGUGUGAAGCAGAAUGGAGGAAGUUGAUGGAGCAAUGCUGGUCAUUCGAUCCAGGAGUACGGCCAUCGUUUACGGAGAUUGUUGAACGACUUCGAUCAAUGACUGUUGCCUUGCAACCCAAGCGACGAACCUAAAAGCCCUCUCCAAUUUAUUGAUUUAUGAGAUUGUGUGGAGUCUGUAAUUAGUAUUGAGAGGCAGGCAUUUACCGGUUUAGGUAAAAGUUGUAUACCAACCAAAAAAGUUGAGGGUCCAUUGUGUAAAAUACACAAUUUUUUAUGUA